GCGCGUGCGCACUGCCCUGUCCGCGGCUGUUGGACCAUGGAGGCCCGAUGGUCUUUCGCUGGGGAGUGGAGCGCCCAGUCCCUCCCCGUGGCAGUAGGGGCCGUUUUGAAGCUGCGGCUCUGGGAGCUGUGGCUACUGCUACUGGGUUCUGGUUUGAACGCGAGUUUGUUGCCACACGAAGAGGACGUAGACUUUAUCAAUGAGUACGUGAACCUCCACAAUGAGCUGCGGGGCAACGUCAUACCCCGAGGGUCUAACUUGCGUUUCAUGACUUGGGAUGUAGCUUUGUCACGGACUGCUAGAGCAUGGGGAAAAAAGUGUGUGUUUGAGCAUAAUAUUUAUUUACAAGGUGUACGUAUGGCCCAUCCUAAAUUUUAUGGUAUUGGUGAAAAUAUGUGGGUCGGCCCUGAAAAUGAAUUUACUGCAAGUAUUGCUAUCAGAAGUUGGUAUGCAGAGAAGAAAAUGUACAAUUUUACAAAUGGCAGUUGCUCUAAAAACUGUUCUAAUUAUAUUCAGCUUGUUUGGGACAACUCUUACAAAGUUGGUUGUGCUGUUACUCCAUGUUUAAAAAUUGGACAUAUUAGACAUGCAGCUAUUUUCAUAUGUAACUACGCACCAGGAGGAACGCUGACGAGAAGACCUUAUGAACCAGGAACAUUUUGCACUCGAUGUGGCAGACGUGACAAAUGCACAGAUUUUCUAUGCAGUAAUGCAGAACGUGAUGAAGCCAUAUAUUACCAAUUUUGGUAUCCAAAAUGGGAAGUGCCCCGGCCAAUUGUGUGUGAUCCACUGUGCACGUUCAUUUUAUUAUUGAGAAUAUUAUGUUUUAUGCUGUGUGUCACAACUGUUUUGAUAGUACAGUCUCAUUUUCCAAAUAUCUUGUUGGAACGACAAAUAAUAUUUACCCCUGAGGAAUCUGAAGAAGAGAAAGAAGAGGAAAAAGAGGAAAAGAAGAAAGAGAAAGAGGAAACAGAAAUGGAAUUGGAAAUAAUGGAAAUGGAGGAGGAAAAAGAAGAGGGAGAGGAGAAAGAGGAGGAAACACAAAAAGAAAAGAUGGAGGAAGAGGAAAAAUAA